UCUAUGCCGUGAAGAGAUUCAAUAGCGGAGCUUUCGUCAGGUAGCAACCUUAUGAUCAACAAGAGUCGAGACACACAGACCUGGGGUUGGAAUUCCUACAAAUCCCAACAGGAGGCUCAAGGGCCUGGCACUCAGCUGAAAUACAUGGGUAUCCUACAAUGUUCAAAUCAUGGAAAACACCUGGUCAACGCCAGAAGAUGGCAUCUCAAGCUCCAGACGUAACAUCGACUUGUCUGAUAUGCUACGAGACGAGAGUCCUGAAGAUCGUAGGUAACUGCAAGCACUGCUUCUGUACAGAAUGCCUGUCAACGGUCUUCGAGAGCCAGGAUAGUGGGAGCGAGGUGUUUGAAUGUCCCACCUGUAAAGUGGACUGUCCACGGCCAUGGGAUGGUUUACAGGGACUGGUGGAUUACAGGGGGAGAAGUGUAGAUGCUGAAGACAUGGAUCCUGUAGUCAUACCCAAGGAAAACGAGACGGAAAAGAAACGACACACCACAGAGACCACAGUUGAUGUCAUCUGUGACAUUUGUGUUGUCCAAAACAUAGAGGUUGAAGCAGCAAAUACCUGUUUCGAGUGUGAUAAUCUUAAUAUCUGUGCUGACUGUUCAAAGACACAUGGCAAAAACAGAGCUACUUGUUCUCAUUUACUGACACCAGUGGUCAGAGUAGAGAAAAACAUGAAGUGCAAAACACACAAGAAGCUGUUGAUUAGUUUCUGCCAAACCUGUGGAGUAGAAGCUUGCAACGUGUGUGUUUCUAUCUACCAUGGAGAUCACAACAUUGAACGACUUGGAGAUACAAUUCGGUCAAACGUAAAGGUCAUGAGGGUUGCUCUACUGCUAAGAGAGAGGAAGUUGAAGGAAAUGCAAGACCUACAAGAAGAGUUGACUAUUCUCAAAGCCAUGGCACCAAUCGUUGACAAGCAAGACACCUUGAUUAAAGAAAUUGAGGACCAUGCGCAGAGAUGCGUCGACCAGAUCAUGAAUUGGAAGGAAGACUUGAAGGCACAAGUCAAAACGGACUACCAAAUUGUCAGGGAAAUUCCUGAGUGUUUGGAGAGGGUGAGAGAGGCAGUCCAGCAACUGCAGCCACAGAUAAACGAAGCGCCUCAAUUGCUCUCCAAAACAGAGCAUCAUCCAGCAUACCUUAACAAACUUAAGACAAUGCAGCGGGAUUUUGAAGCCACUGCAACUGUAGGUGAUGAUGUUAAAGGCAGGCAGUUUCGGGAGGAACUCUUUGACCUGAACUCAAAUGACUACCAAUUUGAUCUUGGAGCUCUGCAACCUAAUCAUAUUUAUGGGAAAAUUCGCGAUUUUCCCAAGUCGGACAGAUUUCAACCAAGGGAAAUCUUCAAGCAUGAAAUGCCAGUUUAUUCAAGUAAAAUGUUCAUUCCAUGUGUUGCUGUCCUUGGUCCAAAGUAUUAUGCAGUUGCUCAUCCAGUGAAAUUCCAACAACCAGCAGAGGCAGUUGACUUCUAUGAAUUUCCUGGAGUACUGAAAUUCACUUUGAAAUACAAAGUCCCCCCAUUGUAUGAUAUGACCUCCACCCCUGAUGGUAAACUGGCUGUACUCUCUGAUGGAAAGGGGUUCAGAACCUGCAGUAUCAAGUUGUUUGAUGCAGAGGCUGGGUACAUCCGAUCCACCCGUGAUAUUGGUGUUGCCAUUCAGCCACUGUCACUGGGGGUAACUCUUCUCAAGGAGUAUGUCAUCCUUGGUAGAGAUGAAGAGGAACGGACUCAGAUCAAUGUUGUGGAUGAAGAUGGGCGUGUAGUGCAUAUAUAUGUUAUUGAUCAAGCAACUGAUUUCGAGUCUAAAACAAUUCAGAAAAUUGUGACAAGGGCAGAUUUGGAUGCCAGAAUCUCUACAAGAGAUGGCUACAAUAUUGUCAUGUCCUGUGGUCAGACAAUCAAGGUUUAUAGAUGUGACUAAACAUACUGAUUAACCCUUUUGAUGCCAGUGACGUGCAUAGCACGUCAUGUACAUGGCCCCAUGUCGUGCUAGUGACAUGCAAAGCACUUCAUGCCCCACUAAACUUCUGUUCACUAGCACUUGGUCUAUAAACAUGCCAAAUGCACUCGAGCAAUGUUAGUUCAUCCUAAUAGUAUAGAUGGCGACACUUUUGAAUAGUUUCUUCUGUUCAGAUAAGUAUGCUCUACUGUUUGGUAUUGGUAUCCAGUGUCAAGGACAAGAUGGCACCAGCCGAAAUUGGCUGCCCCAAGAGAAUCAAUUCACCAGCUUGCCAAGAAUCUUACUUAAAUCUUGUGUACUCAAGGCAGGCGCUCCAACUUACCGAACAGUGGUGCCUGGAAGAGGCCUGGGAACAUGCCUGCAUCACAAAAAAGCCAAAAUGUGCGCUCAUUGUUAAAUUUUCCAAAAUAACGUGUGCAUCUGGUAAUUAGCUAGGUCAUUUGGAAGUCAUAUGCAUUAAAAUUUGAGGUGAAUAAACCACCCGUUCCUAUUUUGUGCACACACAAAUCAGUUUAUGCAUAACUUGAAAAUUGUUUGCAAUGCAUGCACAGGACAAACCACGCAGCGAUGCAUUUUUCUCUCUAUUUGUGAUGCAAUUCAUGCUUGAAGAAAAUUCUUACCAGAUAAUCACAAUGUUAUUUAGUUGGUAGACUCCAACAACACAAUUUUUCAAAAAAUUAUUAAAAAAAACUUUCUGCUUUCCAGGCCAGGUCAGUUUGGUAAGUUGGAAAGCUGGCCCGAUUCUCCAAAAUCUGGGGAAUAAAUUCUCCAGUGUGACAAUAGAGGCCAGGCUAAAAGGUCCUUAAACUUUACCUCAGCCAUCUGCUUGAUACUGUCGAGAACAUCUUCUUUCAGGUAGUUGUACAAGAAUCUGUUUCGCUCUUUCUGAGCAAGCAAUAGUUUCUUUACCAGUGUUAAUCGAUGGCUUUUCUUCAAAUGUUCAUCUUUGACUGUUUUCUGCCUUGCAAUCUGAAAAGAGGCAAAUUUUCAAAGAUCGUCGAUAAUUAUUGCAAAGUAAGACCUAGGUCAGUGAUCUUCGGCUAUGUUAUAUCCGGCCAGUUGUUGAUGUUACAGGACUCAUCUCUUAAUAAAUGAGUGGUCUUGUAAUGCAUUGUGUAUCUUUAAGUGCAUUGUGUAUCUUGUAAUGCAUCAUCUAUGUUUAAGAAUGUAGUUCUUUAGUAGCAGACCUACGGACGAAAAACGCUGAGAGGAACUGGACAUAGCCACACUCACCACCUCGACCUAAACUAGUACGCAAUGUAGCCAAUAAAUGCAAUUUUGGACAGAAAGAAACUGUACACCAUGAGUUAAUUAUCUUAUUGAGAGAAAU